AUGAAGUCUGCAGAGAGUAAACAGAAUCCUUGCAGUACUGUUUAUCGGAGACCCUACAGGGACAGGGUGAUUCAUUUACUUGCUCUGAGGACUUACAAGAAGCCAGAGUUGCUUGCUCGCUUGCAAUUCUGAGAUGGAGUCAUGCAAAAGGACAAGGGCAUCCUUGGAAAGAUCCUUCAGCAGGUAGCCAAGUGGAAUGCAAAGGAUAAUUCCUUCAAUCUAAAGGAACAUCUGUUUCAAACCCUUCAGACUGAUUGGCCUGGCUACACUGAAAUAGACAGAAUAAAAUACGUAGCCAUUGUCUCCUUGGAGCAAUGCCAGCGCUACAAGGAUGACUUCAAUGCAGAGUAUGAGGAAUACCGGAAUUUACAUUCUCAGAUAGACAAGACUGUAAAGAGGUUCAGACAGUUUCAGGAGCAGUGAAAGUCUCUGACUCCAGGCUCUGAAGCCUAUCAGAUGCUGCUUCAUCAAAUCCUAACAGAUUAUCAGCAGUUACAACAGGGUAGCCCCAGCUACACUGAAAUGAAGAGCAGGUGCCAGUACCUCCACAAAAAUCUGGCCCAUAUUCAGAGCCGCAUUUCUGAAUUUGAGCAGCUGUAA